AUGAGACUUGAUAUAAAUUACGAGAAAGUUUGCCUCGCGACUCAGUCUCAACCAAGAUUUCAAAUCAUUUCAAUGGACUUCACAGAAGUGAAAAUCUCAUUUCCUUGGGGACAUGUUGCUGGAAAAUGGUGGGGCCCAGCUGAUGUGCGCCCCAUUCUUCUCAUUCACGGAUGGCUGGACAAUGCUGGAAGUUUUGACACGCUGAUUCCACUCCUGCCAAAGGAUCACGUGAGCUACUUGGCGAUUGAUCUGCCCGGACAUGGAUUGUCUUCACACAUUCCGGAGGGAAUGGUGUACAAGUGCAUUGAUUACGUGCAGUUAAUCCAUCGCAUCCAGAAAAUUUAUGAAUGGGACAAGGUCUCCCUUAUUUGUCACUCUCUUGGUGGUGAAAUCGGAUUCUUGUAUUCUGGAAUUUUUCCCGAUUGCGUGGAUAUGCUUGUGGCUUUUGAUGUGCUUAAACCUAUGACAUCUCCGGAUCUGAUAAAUUUCAUGCUCGAAGCUAGCAUUCAAAGACUCACAUCUGAGACAACUCGUCAUCUCUUCCCGGAGUCUCAGGCAACAUACGAAAGAGAAGAAAUUAUUAAGAAAAUGCAAGCUAGCACAUUUGGUUCUCUGACACCUGAUGAUUGUGAGCAUAUUUUAGUUCGAGGAGUUCGGAGGAGUUCUGUCCAUCCUGAUCGAUACUACUUUUUAGCCGAUAACAGGCUCAAACUCUAUCAUCCGAUAUCAUUUACAACGGAGAACGCUCACCAAGUUGCGAGACAUAUCAAGUCUCCUGUCUUGCUCAUAGGUGUGGAACCGAAAUCAGAAAAAAUCUUCGCCAGCAUGAGAGAUGAUGAUAAUGACGUGGAGAUGAUGAUAAAGGAAAAUCCGAAAAUAGUGCUUAAAGUUGUGCCAGGAAAGCAUCAUGUUCACUUAUCUCAUCCUGAGAGGGUUUCUGAGAUGGUUUCUGAAUUCAUAAUGACACAUCGUGCAUCAAAAUGUAAAAUGUAG